UUGUUUCUCAAAAUCCAAAAACGCCUCUCUCGCUCGCGCUUGCUGUGGCUGAGAGGACAAUGGCCACCGCCGAUGAAGCGGAAAUCGAGGCAGAAGUAGAAGCUGUGCAAGCAGUGUACGGAGACGAUUGCGUGGUAAUCGAUUCCUACCCUCCACACCUCCACGUUCACAUCAAGCCUCGCACCGCCGAUGUCACGUCCCAACAGUUUGUGGAGGCAGUUAUUGUCAUACGAGCAGGUUCCCAGUAUCCAAAGGAGCCACCUCAUAUUAAUCUACUAGAUUCCAAUGGUCUUGAUGACCGAAGGCAAAAAGAUUUGAUAACUUGUAUACAAGACAAAGCGUGUGAACUCUCGUCUUAUUUGAUGCUUGUAGCACUUUGCGAGGAAGCGGUGGAGAAGCUCACUGUUAUGAAUCAUCCUGACGGUGAUUGUCCAUUGUGUUUGUAUCCUUUGCUUCCAGAGGAUGAACAGAAUAAAACUUUGCCAUUUAUGAAGUUAAUGUCCUGUUUUCAUUGUUUUCACAGUGAAUGCAUUAUUAGGUGGUGGCAUUGGCUCCAAACGGAAAAGGAAACAAGUGUUGGUGAUUCAUCUAGUGCAACUAUACGUCCUAUCAGUACCAUGGAAAACAAAGCCGACACGCGUGGAGCAAUGGAAGAGAGCAUGGGAACCUGCCCAGUCUGCCGCAAGGUUUUUCUUGCCAAAGAUUUUGAGCAUGUACUUGACUUGGUUGCUUCUCAUUCUUCUCAAUUGAAUUUUCAUGAAAUUGAAGUAGAUGACAAUCAGAAGCUCCUUGAGUCUGAUUCUGAGGAUGUUAGAAGAGAAAAAUUUGAGGCUAUAUUGAGGCUACAGCAAGAAAACAAUGGCUUAAUUGAGCCUAAAAAAAAUCUAGUUGUUGUGCCUGGUAUGUUUCUCCUGCAAACAGAUUCUGCUGCCAGUACUUCCGCCAAAGAAUCGCCUGAGCAACCACAAAUAGAAGCCACAGGUACCCCGGAAGCGCAUUCUAGUGGUUCCUCAACGCUCUUGAACACCAGCGUGCAAAGGCGCACCGGCAUGAGGAAGCACAGAGCAUGGAAUCCAAGAAAGCAAGUGAAACAGUCAGCGGCAUCGCCUAGCACAAUGUCGACCAGAGAAUCUGGUGAGCAACAAGGAAGGGAUCCUGCAGUCACCUUGGGAACACAUUCUGUUGGUUCCAUAAGUAGACCAAGCACUAGUGAGCUCAGGACCUCUGGCAUGAGGAAGCAGAGACAUUGGAAUUCAAGAAAGCCAGUCGAGAAGUGGAUUAGGAAGGAAAAUGCUACAUCAGAGUGACUAUUUAUUGUAUUAAUUCUCUUUUUUGUUGUAUGUUUUCCCAUCAUAAUUUUCAAAUUGCAAGUAAAA